AUGGCUCACCUCUGCACUGCACCCGUCGUAGAUUCUACACUAGACAACGGCUUCGCAGAUAGCGACCGUGUAUCCUCGGCAUACUUGCACCACCAAGAGAGUUCGUACAUGGAUCGAUGGACCGACGUUGACGAAUCCUGUAAGCUGGAUGCGCCAUUGGGAAGCACUUGGGUGUCUUUCGCUGAUUUGAAAUCACCCCAGUAUCAAGAUGGUCUCAAGCUAUUUCUCGAGUGUCUGGUUGAGCUAGAUCAGCUAGAUGCAAAUUCUCCACUUAGAUUGAUAAUGGAGGGCGGUGGUCCCCUUUUUAUGUCCCAACAUCACCUGGAAGACCCCCAAUUCAUCUUACCUUCUGCACGAAGAUUCACACCAGAGCCAGGGGAUGCGUAUCAUAGCUCGAACAAAUGUCCCGUAGCUCCCCCCACUGGAAGGCAGCUCAAUGCCCCCACAUCAUCAAGAUUCCCAUAUCACGAACCAUCAUUAACGUCGCCUAAUGGGCACAAUUAUAAUGAGCACCUUUCGGUUUCAUUACCCAUCGCGCCACUUUCAGAUUCAACAGUAUCAAAGUCUACGCCAUUCUGGUCGAUGUCGGAGGAAUCCUCGCACCCAAAAUCACCCUCCUUUCCCAUCGAUGACAGUCUGAGACUAGACCAAACCGACAGUUGGAAUACGACUGCCGUCCGCGACAUGCCUGGCAGCAAAGCAGUUGUACUACAAAACCAGCGACAGCAGUUGCAACUGUCGAGCACAGUGAUAUGGCCCAGCCACAGCCAUUAUCCAACAAGCUCUUUCUCCUCGUCCAGAGAGGAGAAAGAAAAUAACAUAAUCGAAUCCACCACCGACGCACAUGGAAUUAGCUCCGGGCACCAAAUGCCCGUAGAGCACGUAAAUGACAGCCAUGCACGAGGAAGGGAUGGAAGCGAGGAACUGCCACAUUCAAGGCGUAACCCGGAGAGCAAAAGGAUCUCCCGAAAGAGAUCCCACGCAGAUGCGAUGGCGGAGGACGGUCAUGCAGAUGACCUCCCCACAGCAAAAAAGAGCAAGGCCAUGGUGGCAGGACCAAGCUCAGAAACCGUCGCAGGGCCGAAGAGGAGUGUCAAGCGACCGAUCCAAGUACAAUCGGCGCUCCCCGAGAUGAUGGCGCAGGUGGCAGAUGGGGUGGAGAUAGUGGAGGCUAGUGAGAUCGAGAACGAUGGUAUUGAGGCGUAG